CGACACAAAAGUAAACAACAAACACUUCACUUUACGGCAGCAAAGAUGGCCUCGCACUUCAGCGGUGUGCUGCAGUUGACAGAUCUGGAUGAUUUUAUUACCCCGUCUCAGGAAUGUGUCAAGCCUGUCAAAGUAGAGAAGAAACAAGGGAAAUCUGUGGCUAAAAUUCAAAUAGAGGAUGAUGGCAGUUACGUCCAAGUCAACCAGGAUGGCGGGAAGAAGAAGCUGGAGAAAGCAAAGAUCACGCUGAACGACUGUUUGGCCUGCAGUGGCUGUAUCACAUCAGCUGAGAGCGUCCUCAUCACACAGCAGAGCCACGAGGAGCUCUUUAAAGUGCUGCGUAACAAUAAGGCCAACGCGACUGAGCAGAAGGUUGUUGUAGUGUCGGUGUCACCGCAGUCCAGAGCCUCCCUCGCAGCACACUAUAACCUCAGCAGUAGUGAGGCUGGCAGGAGACUAACUUCUUUCUUCAAAGGCCUUGGGGUUCAUCAUGUGUUUGACACUAGCUUUAGUCGGACCUUCAGCCUGCUGGAGAGCCAGAGAGAGUUUGUGGAGCGGUUCCAGAGGAAGGAGCAGGACAGCAAGGCCCUGCCCAUGCUGACAUCUGCCUGUCCAGGUUGGAUCUGCUAUGCAGAGAAGACCCACGGGGAGUUUAUUCUCCCAUACAUUAGUACCACCCGCUCCCCCCAGCAGAUGAUGGGCACACUGGUUAAAGGCUAUUUUGCUGAACAGCAGGGCCUGAGUCCACAGCAGAUCUACCACGUGGCAGUAAUGCCCUGCUUUGACAAGAAACUCGAAGCCUCGAGGUCAGACUUCUACAUGAGCAAAGCUGAGACCAGAGAAGUGGAUUGUGUCAUCACCUCCGGAGAGGUUCAGAAAAUGCUGGAGGAGGAAAACGUGUCUCUUAAUAAUGUGGAGCCUGCAGCCCCAGAUACAAUGUUCAGCAGUGUUUGUGGGGAUGAGUUCCUGAGCCAUGCUGGGAGUGGGUCAGGAGGUUACCUCCAUCAUGUCUUCACCUAUGCUGCCAAGCAGCUGUUUGGAGAAGAAGUUCAGGAACUCACCUACAAGACCCUCAGGAAUAAAGACUUUCAGGAAGUAACUCUUGAGAAGGAUGGAGUUGUCCUGUUGUGUUUUGCUUCCACAUACGGUUUCCGCAACAUCCAGAACUUGGUGCAAAAACUCAAGAGGGGGAAGUCGCCUUACCACUUUGUGGAAGUUAUGGCAUGUCCGUCAGGUUGUCUAAAUGGUGGUGGACAGGUUAAGGCCUCAUCUGGUCAGAACCCAAAGGAGCUUCUUCAGAAGGUUGAGGAGCUCUACAAGGCAGAAAGCUCGCUGUCACCAGAAGAUGACACUCGCGUGGCCGAGCUGUAUCAGUCCUGGCUCAACAGUGUGGGGGAGGAGAGAGCCAAAGAGCUGCUGCACACACAGUACCACACUGUGGAGAAGAUGACCAACGGACUCACUAUGAAGUGGUGAUGAAUGACUACAGAAUCGUCCAAAUAUGACUCACAGAGAAGAGAAGGGUGGUGUGGUAAACCUGAAUACAAACAGGUUUGAUGUAUCCCAGCGACUGUUUAAACCACUGUCCUCCUGAGCCAAGGUGGAAGAUCAGGGCAUAGAUAAAAGACACAAUGCCUAAACAAAGCCAAAUCAUGUGUAUUGUCUGAUAAUUUUCCCUUACACUACUGAUGUGCUUUGAAUUGUAUAAAUAGUAAAUAACUCAUUUGUGUGGCACCUGUUACACUUUGAAAAUGUGAGCUGAAUUAACACGAAGCAAAAUAUGAUCAUUCCUUGUAUAUUUAACCAAAUGAUUAUCCAUAUAUAUACAUUUGAAAAAUAAACACAUUAUUUAAUUGUA